CCUCUCCGGUGAUAGAAAAAAACGAAACCAUCAACCAUGAAAAUGGAUAGGAUCAGUUUUUUACCCAAUUCUAUCCUUUGCAACAUUCUCUCAUACCUCCCAACAGAAGAAGCUGUAUCCACCAGCAUCCUCUCUAGCAGGUGGCGCCAAGUUUGUAAGGAACUCCAAGUCUUUGACAUAGAUGAUACACCCUUUCGGUCCGGUCUGGAAUGGGAAGCUCGAUUUGUUUCAUAUGUGAAUGCUAUUCUAACUCAGCGCAAUGCAGAUUACCCUAUCCAAAAGUUCCGCCUCACUUGCAAUAAAGUUUCAAAGAGUCUCCUCUUAACAUGGCUUAAUGCCGUCAUUGGGCCCCAUCUUCAAGAACUCUAUCUCAACAUUGAUCUACCAAUCAAGCUGCCUGAAGCCAUACUCACUUGUCCAUCACUCAAGUCCCUUAUUUUGAAACGUGAUAGUUUUUUGGAUUCUUAUCCAAAGUUUUCAAAUGUUUAUUUGCCAUCCCUCAAGAAUCUAGAGUUGGAUAUAGUCUAUAUGGACCCCAGCAAGCUUUUAUCCGGCUGCCCUGUUCUUGAAAAUUUUAAGCUCAUUUUACAGGUCCACGAUAAUUCUUGUGUUGCUCUCAUACCUACAAUGCAGCAGAUGCCUCGCACAUUGAAAAGUUUAAUCAUUGAAGAUAACACAUUUUUUAAUGGGGUUAGCCAUCGUUUGAUUUUGAUAGACACGCCAUCUCUUGAAUACCUUCAUAUAAAAGUAAUGACCCUCUUGAACUCUAAGCUAGAGUUUUCUUUUAGCAAUUUCAUUAACAUAGUGGAGGCACAUCUUGAUCUUCUUCAUGACUGUAUUUACCAUGUCGGUUGGGUGCCCCACCUUCUCCAUGCACUGCGCGAAACAAAAUUGUUGGCAUUGAAAGGUUACUCAACACUGUGCUUAUUUAGUGCCCCAGCUUUCGAGUUUCCAGAAUUUCACCGUUUGCUCAAUCUAGAGCUUGAUGUUCCAUGUUUCAGCAUAAACUUCCUGCUAAACUUCCUUCAUAGUUCUCAUGUACUUGAAGCUCUUGUGAUUAAUGAUAUUUCAAAGGAAAAAUAUUUUCAUCUGGUGGAGUAUGAUGGGCCAGCACCACCAACCAUGGUUCCUAAUUGUGUGACUUCACAUCUCAAGAGUUUUGAAUUUAGAGGAUACGAAGAUUCUGUAGAUAAGCGUGAAUUUAUUGCAUAUCUUUUACAAAGAGGACUUGCUUUGGAGAUAGUUACAAUUCAUCUAAAUUAUGUUUUCAACCAAGAGACAAAGUAUGAUAUUGUUAGGGAAUUAUCUGCUAUACCAAGGGGCUCUACAACAUGUCAGCUAAAUUUCAUUGACCAAAAUGCUGUUGAACAUGGUUGAUGGCAAGUUGGCUCUACACCCUGGUCAACUGCAAAACAAUUUUUGAUGCAUCAUGACUAGGAUAUGAACCAUGUUUUUAUUUUUACUUUUCUGUGAAUCUUUUAUUUGCUUAAUACAUUUUUCCAAUAACAUGUUUUUUUGAUGCCCUUGUUCUGCUAAAAGAGGCAGAGGUAAUUUUUCGUUUAGUUUGUUAUUU